AACAGUAGCAGUAACAGCAGCAGUGAUGUGGUCAAACAUUAACCUUUGUUCUUCUGACCACUGGUCGCUGCUCUUUCCUUCUGCGUUUGUGUCCAGAUGUCGCACUAACCCUGAAGAGGAGUUUGGUCGUUACCACAGCAACCCAUAAAUCAGCGCCCGCCGUCUCUGACCAAUCAGAUCCACCGCUUUGUGGGGACAUGUUUACCCACCCGGUCAGUGCCGUCACCCCAAGAUACCGCUUCGCCACAGCGUCUCUCCACGUCCAGCUGACACACACACACACACACACACACACACUCUCGUGUCUGUUGUCCAGCUCUUCUGCAGUGAUGGACGUUUCCUUCCUGGAGCGACACCUGCUGACACUUUGAUGGCGAGGUUCCGUUUGGCCCGGACCAAUGUCAACUGGACCGCACUUCUGUCCGUGGCCUACUUCACCUACCUGCUGGGGGGCGCCGUGGUCUUCCAGAUACUGGAGAGGGAGGCAGAGAGCAACAACAGGAACCACUUCCAGCUGGAGAAGCUCAACUUCUUGUCCAACUACACCUGUUUGGACGGAGCGGCUCUGGAGAAGUUUGUCGAGGUGAUCCUGGAUGCCUGGGUAAAGGGAGUGAAUCCUUCAGGAAACUCCACCAACCCCAGUAACUGGGACUUGAGCAGCUCCUUCUUUUUUGCUGGAACAGUCGUCACAACUAUAGGUUACGGUAAUCUGUCGCCCAGCACCGUGACUGGUCAGGUGUUCUGUGUGUUUUACGCCCUCUGUGGAAUCCCCCUGAACCUGCUGUUCCUGAAGCAGCUGGGAACCUGUCUGAGCGUCCACCUGGGUCGACUGAAGACCAGGGUGGUCUCUGUGGCCCCGCACAAACGAGUGGUGGAGGCGGUGGCCGUGGUGUCCCCCCUGCUGGGCGGCAGCCUCCUGGUCCUGGUGGCCCCCCCGCUGCUCUUCAGUGUCGUGGAGGGCUGGUCGUUCGGCGAGGGUUUCUACUUCGCCUUCAUUACACUCAGCACUAUUGGUUUUGGAGAUUACGUGGUGGGAACCGACCCGGACAAGGAGUACAUCUCUGUGUACCGCAGCCUGGCAGGUGUGUGGAUCAUCUUCGCCCUGGCCUGGUUGGCCGUGAUCGUGAACAUGGGAACCAGAGUCAUGGAGCACGUGUUGGCCCUGAACCGCGGCGUCUUCAAGAAGCAGGAGGAGGAGGACGAGGACGCAGCAGCCCGAAAAGUCGACGACACCUCCAAGAUCUGACGGUGGACGACGGACGACGGAUGACGGACGACGGACGACGGAUGACGGACGACGGACGCAGUCUGGAUACAUGUGAUAAACGUGUGUUUGUGUGGGUUUCUGUUUGUCAACGUAGUCUGUAAAGAAAAUACACCAUUGUUUAACGUUACUCACAUUUUCACUUAGAUACGAUAAGACUCGCCAUUUUCUUUUCUUUUUUUUUUUUUUUACAAAAAUGAGCUCUUGAGACCAAAUCCACUGAUCUCCUCAGAACUGGGUCAAAUCCCAUCACCAACUGACAUGGUCUGUGAACCUCACCAACGGACAUUGUUGUCUUCAAUAACAGACCAUCUCCAUUGAUCUGCUCUGGUCAAACUGGUCAAACUGGUCUGGUCUGGUUGACCUGGUUAACUGUUAAUAUAUGAAACAACAGGAAGUGGAAAGAGUUCCACUGGAGAACACUGUUGGUGUCUGUGGAACACGUUCUUCCCACGUUCUGUUCCAACACCUGAACAUCUCUCAGCCUAUGUAGGACCUGAUGACUGGGUUUGAUAGUGGGUUUUUAGGAUAUAAAUACUGCCACCUACUGGACUGGAGGGUGUAGUGUCAUGGUCUGACCAGUGACUUUUUCCGAUGACUCAGUCGACUCCUCACACUUUGAAGAGCGAUUGGUUUUUUAUUUCAACCAAUGAGAAUUGUCAGGGAUUUGUAUUGAUUUUUAAUCAAUUCUCGAUCCAUCGUUUCGUCCCUAACACACACUUUUGACAAAGUCAGGAAACCUUGAUACGUGCGAAACUCCAAAUGAACUUUUCUGUGUUUUUGUUGCUUUAACGUCUUUAUGUUGUUCUUCACGUAGCACUAGCACGGUAGAACUCCACCUUCAAGUUUCUUCUUUGAGCAGCUCCACUCACUGUACGUCAGCCGUGUACUAACUCAAGGUCUGCGGGCCAAAUGGGGACGGCCAAGUCAUUCUGUGUUUUACUUCUUUACUGAAGUCCUGCGGAGUUUUUAACCUGGUUGAUGAAAUUGUUGUUUUUUUAAUUACACAGAGCAAAGUGCAAUAACUGGAACUUGAAUAAAUGAUAAUCGGUGGCAGAAAAUUGUAUGUUGUGGAG